AUGCGGAUGAGUGAUCGAGAUGCCGGCCCAGCAAUUAAUGCAAGGCUCGAACCCUUGGGCCGGACAGCCCUCAGUAUCAUUUAUGCUGACAGGACCGAACCUCAAGUUGCUAUCAAAGCUAUCGGCUUCUGGCUAGAUGGGGAAAUGUACGACCAUGCAGCCCUUGCUGAGGACACCGAUGAGACGUUUGAACGCGAAGCUGCCAUUUAUGAUGCUUUGGGCUCGCAUAAACACAUUCUCAAAUCAUAUGGCGUUGCGUAUCUUCCCGCUGCUGAAGGUGAAGAAUCAGUCCCUUCGCCCAAAAGUGAGAGAAAAGCCUGGGCAUUGAAACUUGAGAGAGCUCCCUAUGGCAACCUUCGCCAGCGUAUCCUCAAGGGCGAUGCAUUGCCUAUGGCACAACGUCUAAGCAUAGCUCUCGACCUUGCGGAGACUCUACAGUAUAUUCACAGCCGAGGCGUGAUCUGGGGCGACAUCUCAACGCGGAAUAUCCUCCUCUUUGAUAACCACCAUAUUAAACUGAGCGAUUUUGCCGGCUCCAGUCUUCAAGGUGUCUACCCAGACAUCUUAUUUGCUUGCGAGCCUCGCUACUGGAUUCCUUCAACGGAUCCUCCAGGUCCUGAAAGAAGCAGGUUCGAGAAAGAGUUAUUUGCCCUUGGGACCGGUAUUUGCGAGAUCACGGAGUGGGCACUACCAUAUGGCGAGAUCGAAAUUGAGGAGUUGCAGGAGAAGCUUAUGCAUGGGGCGUAUCCGCAUCUGAGCGAGGACAACCCGGCAAAACAUAUCAUCCGUGGGCUUUGGAACCUGGAUUACACUUCUGUUGAAGAGGCUGCCAACGCCCUUCGGAAGCUUGUGAUUUGA